GUCAACCUGACAACCUUGUUCAUCUUCUUCAGCAUUCCCUGUGCUGCUACCUUGCUUGGCCACCACAAGCAUAUCCCCAUAUAAACCUCUACAAUAAUAAAACAACAGCAUUUUUCUCUCCAAGAAAAAAAAUAAAUAAAUAAAAAGCAAUGGAGUUCCCAGUAUUCCAUGUUUCUUCCUACCAAUAUCUCUUACCCUCCCAUCUUCUUUAUCCUUACAACAUCGUCCCUCAAAACUACAUUCACUGGACUGAAACCCCAGAAUCUCACAUUUUCUCAGCCGACCUUCCUGGUCUAAGAAAAGAGGAAAUCAAACUGGAAGUUGAGGAUUCAAAGUACCUCAUAAUUCGAACAGAGGCCAUUGAUGAGUCCACGGAGCCUGCUAGGAGCUUCAGGAGGAAGUUCAGGCUUCCGGCUAGGAUCGAUGUCGAUGGGAUUUCAGCUGGAUAUGAAGAUGGAGUCCUCACAAUCACAGUUCCAAGAUCAAUUAGGAGGGGAGGUUUCUUUAUUGAUCCAGCUGAUGUACCUGAACGCCUUGAAGUUCUUGCAAGAGCUGCUUGAACUUGGGUUUCUAGUUUCUACUUUUUUUGGGAAUUAGUUAAAAACCAUUGGCUUGGAUGGUUUGUUGUGCUAUGAUUUGGAAACUGGUGAGAUUUUAAUGUAAAAACAUUUUUAGAUUCUUGUUGGUCA